AUGGCCGGACGCGCCGCGCGGCAGUCGCGUCGGAGGCGUGACCUGGCUGCACGCGUCGGGCGCGUAUCCUCUGCGAGUCCGCAGAUGGUCGCCGUCCUUGAGGCUGUCCUCACCCACACCAUGCGCCCGCUCGUCCUCCACUCUUCCGCCCUCAACGAUGCAGAAUACGCCGUUUACACUUCCUCUCUUCGAGAUCUCGCGGAAGACGGAGAGCCACAUACCGAACAGGACUUCAAAGUCGGCGUCCGCGAGGCCAGAGCAUGGCUUAGGGGGAGAUAUUCGACCCUCGUGCCCGGGGUAAUCGACUCGAUACUUCGUUUGUUUUGUCCUAGCCUUGCCCCGACCGACAUCCUGACCAGCGGCCAAGUGUUUGCUGUUCUCCGCCUUGUCUACCAUGCGCUGGAGGGAAAAGACGUAGACAAGGGGCUCAUUUUUGUUCAAGCUCACCCAGAUGACCUAUCUUCUGAGCUUCAGCAUCCCCUUCGACAAGCUUCUCUUCCCAGCAUUUCCACUCAACCCCUCAUCUCCGAACUCACCUCCGACCCGCCAUCGCCGGAUGCCAACCCCUUCUUCCAAACGCAUUCUGAACGAGCUCCUCCAAUAACAGCUAUAUCCGUACCCCUUUCUAAUCUUCCGCCAGCUGUACCUCCCAAACCUCCUACCAACCCAUUUCGCGCUCGACGGGGAUCUGAGGAUGAUCAUCGAGCGUCUGCAGUCCCAGAACGGGUAAUGCCUUCUACUGUGAAUGUCCGGCCGCGUGCCGCUGCACCCACAGACAGCAAGUCGCCUCCAUUACCGCCACGCAAGCCUGUGAUUCCUCCCGCUCCUCCUCCCCGUCACUCAUCCCAACAUUUGUCGUAUCAUACCAUCUCGGUGUCGACGCCAUCAACCAAGCCGCACGUUCUCGUUCAGCAAUCGUUGCAAGCGGCGCGCGUGGCACAAAGUCUCAAGAAAGCAGAGCAGCGCCUCCAGCAAGAGCGGGUACUCGAGGUGCUGAAGAGCAGUAGCAGUAACUCGAAUAAUACGCGACGCACACGCAGCAUCAGCCCGAUACAGGACGGAUAUCAUUCGUCCAAGACACCCUCCGUAUCCAGCUCAGUGGAGAGGGCGGAGGCCACCCGCGUGCCCGUGCUACCUCCCCGUAAGAAAGUGAGCCCCCCAGCGUCGACGGUCUCCGCGAUGACCGCGCGCUCACUCGAGUCCGUUGCUCGCGCGUCGGUGUCGUUCAAGCCCCCUCCCAGUGUCCCGUACUCGGCGACGCCGGCAAUGAGUGAAGACAACCGCUCGCCCACGCGCACGCCGCCGCGGUCGCUAACGGAUCUGCCGACGGAGCCGCCACCCAUGCAUCCUGACCGCAAGGCGUACUCGACCGGUUUCGACAUGGAGCGCGUGCCCUCACAGCCGCCAGACUCGCCGCGGGUGUUCCGGUCUAAGUCGAUGCACCACCCCUCACCGCCGCCGAUCCCGCCGAUGCGGAAGCGACGUCCAGAGAGCGUGCAGCUGAGUCCGACCACGACGACAGCGACUGCAGGGUCAGGGCCGGGGGGCUCACCAUUCGCGUCGCCGUCACGGCCAAGCUUCCCGUCGGGUGCGGUGCAGCCGCCCCUCUCGCGGCACCACUCCCUGUCGUCGACGCUCUCGGGGCGUACACAGCGGAGCGACGGGUCGGCCGUGUCGGAGCCGAUUGCGAGCCUGCAAAAGACGCUGGCCGGGCUGCACCAGCGGGCACAGCCACGCUUUGACUCGGCGCGGUACAAGGCGGAGGCUGCGUUGAACCCGCGCGGGUUCGUGCCCGGGACGCGAUGGAUGCGGCACGAGGGCGAGGAGCGACUCAUGGAGGACGAGGACGACGAGUAUGGCGUUGGUAGAGACGACUCAGGUAGCGCGGGGCCAGACGUUGACGAGGAGAGCGAGGGAGAACGGGAGCAGAAUGAUCGGCUGAGGAAGCUGAGGCUCGAGGAUAUUGAGGAUAGAAGUACGCGCUCGCUCGAUGGCGGAUAUCGGCGGAUGGGCGUCGAGCGGGAUGAUCUCAAGUGGCCCGUUGGUGAGGGCGAGGGCUGGAAACGGCUCUAA